AGUCUGCCUGCAGCUACAGAAGCUCAUUGUCUCUGCAGACAAGACUCAAGCUUUCCUGACCUGUUAGUGCCUCAAAAAACGGAGAAGAUGGGAUCGUAUCUGAUUUUGGUUGGUGUGCUCUCAAUGUGCACCAUCUGCUUCAGUCAAGGUAACAUAUGCAUACAAAACUAUAUGUUUAUGCACGUGUAUUACACUCAGAGUAUUAAGAAGUAUUAAAAACCUGUAAAUGUAUCUAUUUUCAUCUCUAUAGAGUGUAAUACAGAGUUACUGACGAAUGAGGAUUUCCCGGGGACAGAUAUACUACACCUCUACGCUCCUGAUGCCGAGCACUGUCAGCAACUCUGCACCCAGCACCACUCCUGCCAAUUUUUCACCUUUCUUCGGUCAGACUGGAGCCGAGACAAAAGGUGCAAGAAAGGCAAAUAAAUAUCAAUUGAGUCAUAUUUGUUCCUAAAAAUAAGUGAAAUCAUUAAAAAUUUGGGCAAGUUACAAAGAAUUGUAGAAAGCAUACAGGAUAGGCCUACUUUACCCAUUUGGAAAUAUGCAGUUACUGUAAUAACUUCCACAGCUAGUUUUUAUUAUGUGACUUUCAUGUGAAUUUCCCCCUCUUUAGUUUUCCUUAUGUGUGGUUUACCUAGAAUGAAAUAAAAAAGAAUGUUUUGUCUCCCUCUGCAGGAAUUUUUACUGCUACCUAAAGUCCACCCCCUCUGGAGAGCCCAACAGCCGGACCGCACUGCUGGGCGUCACUUCAGGCUUUUCUCUGAAACCCUGCAACCAAGCCCCACCACGUAGGUGCCCAGUUAUAUCAGUCUGUGAUCAGAUGUAUCGUAAAUGGUGAUGGAUAUUCACUUCACUCUUUUAUCUAUCUGUUUGGAUGCUAGAGCCCUGUCUGUCUAAUGUGUAUCAAAAUGUGGACUUCAAUGGUGACGACUACCGCUCAUUUUUCACCGGUGACCAAGAGGGGUGUCAGAGGGCGUGCACACAGGACCCCUACUGUCAGUACUUCACUUAUGCCAAUGAUGUCCACACACCAGAAAAUAUCAGGUACAACAAAUCACAAAAAUAGACAGAUAUAGAUUGUACACUUUGAAACCAAGAAGGGAUGGAAAAGAGCCGCACAUAGCUGUUAUUAGGAGAAUAACCAGGGAAGCCUUUACAGCUAAACACUGUAAACUUAAAAGACAUACAAAAACUAGGCUUAUUUAAAAGCACAAAAGAAGAUUAUAAAUGAGAAAAGUUGAAUCAAUUCAAUGUAUGAUUGACAAGUUUGUAUCCCCGUGUAAAAUUUCAUAUGUUUGCCAAUAGAUACCUGUGUAGUGCGAGGCCAAAACCUGGCCCUUAUCCUGCCUCAUACUUAAACUCCCCUGUCUAUUUCCACUCUGCAAUGAUACCAAAACAAAUAGGUUUUCAAUGUGUUGCUUCCUUUGGCUUCACUGGGUUGCGCCUCUGCACCGUCUCAGCUUCAACAAUCCAUUUCCCUUCAGGAGUUAUGCAAAGCUAUACACACAUCACGACGCACACACUCUGAAGAAAGAUACCAAUAAAACCUAUGUUUCAAACCUCGGUCAUUAUUGUUGACAAAGGCCUUUUCAAAGGUCCAAAAGGUCAACUGUUCUCAACUGAGAGUGCAAGUCACAAAUAAAGGACAAGUGAUGCUAAGAGCGUUUUUGUUUCGAAUAGACAAAUUCGUAAUGGUUUUCACAAUUUAGGAGUUAUGCACAAAUGUAUCAAUAAGUUUAGCGUAUCAAGUGAAUUAAUUUUAUUUUUUGUUCUUUUUAGGUACAAGUGUCACCUCAAAUUCAGCUGGCCAGUCCCCAGGACACCUAUAGUUGAAAGAACAGCUGGUGUGGUGUCCGGAUUCUCCAGUAAAGCACCAAUGAGCCAGGUCUCUGACACAGGUACAAUCAGAAUCUGAAAAAAUAGAAAUUAAGGUCAGGAGUGUGUCCAGGAGUGUGCCCUUGGGUGGCCCAGACCCCCCUCAAGUUCUACCCCAAACUCUCAAACUAUGAGAACUCUUGACACACCCCUGACACUGAUCCAAAAAGAGAUUUUGUAUCAUUUUUAAUAUAAUUUUGUGCAGCAUGUCAGGCCAAGCUCUUUCCCAACACUGCUGUCCCUGGAGACCAUCUGAAAAUGUUCACGACCGCCACUCCUGAACACUGUCUGUCAUUAUGCUCGGCUCAUCCAUCCUGCACUUUCUUCGCCCAUAACAGGUAUUGCAUUUGAUAUAUGACAAUGCUCUCAGGGGAGACAUAUAUUUAUUUAGCUUUUUAUUCAUCUAAAAUGUAUUGGUGACAGGGAGAUUGUGGAAUUUACUUUGUUAUUUUACCGAACAAUAUCUUAGCAAAGAAAUGCUUGUGCUAUGUUUUAGUUAUUUUCUCCCACUCACCAGUUGGUUGUAAGAGUUUGUUCCUUUGGGUAUAACUUUUUGAACUCUUCAUUUGGUUUGUAAUUAUAAAUGAUGAUGUGCUUUAAAAUGUUUUAUCUUUCUUUUAAUGAAUUUAUUAUUUCUUUGUCGUCUUAGUGGAAACUUCACUUGUAACCUGAAGAACAACCCGGAUGAAAUGGUGCUCAAGGCUAAAGCAGGAGUCACAUCAGGGAUACCUGAACGCUUCUGUCAGCUGGAUAACUGUAAGUAUCUCUGCUGAAGAAAAAAAGCAAAGGACCUCUGGGUCACAGGUAUCAACUAUUGUAAGGUGUAUGAAAUGAUUUACUGUUUUAUUUUUCUCUGUCCUUAUUUGUUUUGUUAUGUGAGGGGCACUCAUGUUGGGCCAGUCAUUGAGUUAGGUGAAAGGAGUCAUUACAGAGUCAGGUGUGUGUGCUUGAUUGUUCCUGAUUGGGAGCAGGUGUAGGGAGCUUAUUUAUAGACCUUGGCUCCUGGGCUUUCUCUGUGUAGUCUGUGUCUGAAUCUACUUAUCUCAGAAUUGAGUGAAAUACCCAAACAAAAACAGAGUGAAUUGUCAUUUAAUUCACCUAUCGGCUGUAUAUAGAAUGGACCCUGUCUGCCUCUUAGCUGGGUGAAGUCACCACGAGAACAGCACCCUCUGUUGAUGGGCUGCAGUAUAGGUCAUAAAUCUUGCCUCCUCCGGACUCCCUGAGACAAUAGACCAGGGUUUGUUUUAUCCGUACUCUACAGCUCCGGUGUGAAUUUGACCAAAGACAGGUCCACUUUGAUACUACUGUACAUUGAGUGUGAUCUUGAUCUGUAAAAUGCCAUGACACAACUUUGAAACUAUAAGUUAAAAACACAAAACUUGGUUGUUUGAUUGAUUAAUAGUGGCCAGAAGUUUGAGUUAAAAAGCAGGAAGCAAGCAAGAAUUAUCUUUGUUUAAAACGAACUUCCAUCGAUGAAAAAAAUUCAGAAAAAAGGAACAAUAAACCACACUUUUCCCCCUAAAAUUCACAGUGUGGGCAACAAAUAAGCACAUCCAGAUUCUGUCAUUAUGGAAAAUAAUAAUUACUAAGAACGAAAGCAGAAGUUUAACCUUGUUCUUCUCUGCAAACAGCUUGGCUGACGGUUCCUCAGGUGGGAAUUGAUUUCCGAGGUUCUGACAUGCGCUUUGAGCUCAUGGAGGAUGCAGAGACGUGUCAGAAGACCUGCAAUGAAGAUGCUUACUGCCAGUUCUACACCUACGUCACUUCAGAAUUUCAUAACAAUGACUACUGGUACAGUAUUCAUGCAUACAUACACUCAAAUAAUGUCUGAAUGUAAAGUUAAACUUUGCUGCAAUAAGAAACCUGCAAAAGUCCUACAUAGGCAACUUAUGCGAUUCAUUUUCUGACUCUAAUUUAAUUUCUGUCACCUCUCAGGGCUUUUCUUCAAUACACAAACUAUUUAAUACUUUUAACAUUAUUAUCUGACUAUUUUUUGCAAAAUAACUAUCUUUGUUUUCUUUGUUUUCUAGGAAACGCUGCUAUCUGAAGCGUGUCAUCACGAUGCCUUCUCCCUCUAAAAUUGUUAAAACGAACAAUGUCGUGUCUGGCUUCCACCUGAGGAACUGUGCUAAAGGUUCAGGAAUUUAAGUACAAUAAAAAGUACCAGAAAUGAAACAAAA